UUAAUACCACGCUGAAGCGUUUGGUAAUCAGUGCCUGCAAUUGCAUACUCAUCGGAAAAGAUGCCAGAUUCAAGUUGUUUCUCAAUAAACACUGUCCAGUCUUAAAUGAGACAUACUGGCCAACAUUUUGGUGUAUCGAAGGCACAAUGAUGUCGUUAAUGAGAGUAUUUCUUCAUGCGACUAUAUUUCGUGUAGCUGGGGUUAACUAUAUAAGUUCUAGUGAAAUGUUGACAGCUUCUGAUGGGGGUGAAAUUUGUCUACAAUGGGCGGACACCGGUUAUAAACAACGAGACUCCAAGGACAUGAAUCCGAAGCCCAUCAUUCUAUUAUUAUAUGGCGUAACAGGUAAUUCUGAUGAUGGAUACAUUUUGGAACUAGUAAAUAUUGCAUCGAAUCUUGGAUAUAGAUCGGUGGUUAUGAACUACAGAGGCAAAGGAGGGGCCAUUUUUAAAACUGCGAAGGGUCACUGUCCUCCGUACACUGGUGACCUUGAAUUUGUAAUGGAACAUCUAAAAACAAAUCAUCCACAUUCUGUUAUGGUUUGCGUGGCAGUAUCUAUGGGAGCGACCGUACUAUUUAACUACCUGGCAAAAACUGGGCAUGAUUGCUGGUUUAAGGCAGCACUGGUAGUUUCAACAGCCUGGGACAUGAUAUCAGUUAACAACGUGUUGGAGAACACUGUCAGCAGGUUUAUUUUUAAUAAACACAUCCUUGGAAAACUCAAAGAUAUGGUUGACAAGAAUUCUCACUUAUUGCAGAGGGACUAUGAUGUUGAAUAUAUAUUAAAGUCCGCCACAAUUCGUGAGUUUGAAGAGAGGGUCCUUGUGCAGAUGUUUGGAUAUCGUAAUGUAGAGGAAUAUUACAACGACUGCUGUAUACAUCAAAAGAUAUCUUCUGUUAAGAUUCCUGUUUUGUGUUUGAACGCAGAUAACGAUCCCAUAUCACCUAAAUGUGCUUUCCCUAUAAAGGAAGCCAGCCAGUACUCGAAUAUUGUAUUAGCUAUUACGUCACAUGGUGGUCACGUUGCCUUCUGCGAAAGAUUGAUUCCGUCAAGGGCAAACUAUAUGAACAGAGUUUUCAAAGAGUAUGUGGAUGCCAUUUUUAAGUUUGGUGAAAAAGAACUUUUCACGACGAUGCCGAACAACGACGCGUCGAACACAUUUCAU